AUGCACCCAGACCUGCCAGGCUUGUAUUACUUGGGGAGUGUGGUCCUCGCACCUGCCGAGCUGCCAAGCGUGGAGAGGGUCCUCAAUGAGGAGGAGUCCGUUGGAUCUGUUGAGGAGGCUGGGGCCACGCACAUGCCAACUAUUGCCAUGCUUCCUGAACAGAUUGGCUCCUCACCGGAACUCUCUUCGAAUUCCAGGGCAUCCAUUCGAUUCACCACACAUGUGAAGGAAAGCCGAAUGUUUUACCGACUGCAGGGAAGGUGGUAUUAUGGCCUAAACUUGGGCCAGAGCUACACGAUCUCAAAGUGCGGCGAUGGAAGCUGGAGAUUCGAAGAAGAGCUCGCUGGGAGAAAGUGCACGUCGACUCUGCGGGUUGUAGGGGACUGGGUGGAGGGCCAUCUCAUUGAUCAAGAAGGCCAGCGGACGGGAACCAUUCGCCUCCAAAGGGGGGAAGGCAACUCAGUCCUCUCCUAUUUCCGGGACCUUGGCAGCUCCAACUGGUCGAACCCGAACGAGGCGAUCGGCUGGUAG